AUGUCCCCUACAAACACGAUCCCUGCAAAGAAGCCCCCUACAAAGACGUCCCCUAAAAACAUGUCCCCUACAAACACGAUCCCUGCAAAGAAUCCCCCUACAAAGACGUCCCCUACAAAACGUCCCCAACUAAGACGACCUCAACAAACAUGUCCCCCUACAAACACGCCCCCCACAAAGACGUUCCCAACAAAAACGUCCCCUACUAAGAAGACCCCAACAAACAUGUCCCCUACAAACACGGCCCCCACAAAGAUGCCCCCAACAAACACAUUCCCUACUAAGACGUUCCCUAAAAACACAUCCCUUACUAAGAAGUCCCCUACAAACACUUCCCCUACUAAGAAGUCCCCUACAAACACAUCCCCUACUAAGACGUCCCCUACAAACACUUCCCCUACUAAGAAGUCCCCUACAAACACAUCCCCUACUAAGACGUCCCCUACAAACACAUCCCCUACUAAGACCUCCCCUACAAACACGGCCCCCACAAAGACGUCUCCCACAAAGACGUCCCCUUCAAACAUGUCCCCUACAAACAGAUCCCCUACUAAGACAUCCCCUAAAAACACAUCCCCUAAUAAGACGUCCCCUACAAACAUGUCCCCCUACAAACACGGCCCCCACAAAGACGUCUCCCACAAAGACGCACCCUACAAAUAA